GAAUAAUCAAUGUGGGCCUGUGGCACCAUCAAUUGUGGUGGAGGCACCAGAAUGCGGUUAACUUGUUUUCGUUCGUGAUGGUAGUCAAAUGAAUUCACCACCGCACAGUGUGGAGAGAUAAAUGAAUUAAGGCUGACGGUUGUUCUAAGUCCAAAGUCGUAAUACAGGUUCGAUUAGUUCUUUAAGUGGUUGCUACAAAGAGUAGUUCAUUUGUGUCUUAAUUGUUUCUCACGCCGACUCAGUUCAGGACUGCGAAAAGGAAGGUGGUGCUGAGAGGAGAGGAGGGGUGAGGGGACGGGCUUGUGCGGGGUAGAAAGUGAGAAUCGGGGGUGAAAAGGGAAGAGCGACUCCGUAUUGUUUAAACAGGAAGGAAUCACGGAAGAAAUCUAGAAAUGCGCUGUAGGAUACUGCGUUUAACAGCGGUUUGUAUGUUGCGCAUAUGAUAGUUUGCGUUGUAUGAAGACGACGGCGGCGUUUCGUGUCUGGCAUAACUGACUUCUGAACCUUGAAGUGAGGGAGACAUCGUGGAACAGACGGAAGGCUAAAUAUCAAGACUGGGAUGCUGUAUGGCCGUCCUAUAUGCGCAUGGAUUUUGCUCUGAUUCAUCUUGAACUCUGAUGAUGGGUCUUAAGAGCCAUGGAUGAGAAAAAACAAAGGGAAGCACGGUUAAAUGAAAGCUAAAAUCAAAGGUACAACUUCAGGAUUUCCAUUUUGGGUAUUACCCGUGGUGUAUUGUUAUGACGUAAAUAGGCAACAACAUUGAUCGGUGCCAUUUGAUGGUCGUUAGGAUUACCGCUGACACAUGGUUUCAAAUGCGAUCAACAGCCACCGAGACGACGGCAGAACUGGUCAUUAGGCGGCAGCUGCUCAUGUGGUCAAAGGACGCGCGACGGAUGUUUGCUAUGCUGAAAUGCUGGCUGUUAACAAACUUGUCAGAUAGCAGUACAGCUUUGAAUUAAUCAAAAGGUGUGCAUGUGCCUUGGAUGCAAUUUCUUUAAUUUAGCACAUACCAUUAUAGAUACACGCAGCAUACACUGGAUUUUAUUUAUCAGGCUAUUUAUUUAUUUAUUUCGUUAUUUAUUGGCGAGAGAGAGCGCAACAUGUAUUUCCUGUCAGUGAUAGUCAGACGAAAUCUGAAGGCAGCGUAGCGCGUUUGAAAGCGACAAAAGAAGGGGAGAUCAGUAGUGUACUCAAGGGAUUGUCUGUGCAAAUGAGUAAAUACAUUUAUUUACACAAUCCCACGCAACUCUUGGCCUGAGAAAAAGGGUGUAGUUAAUUUGUAGUGUUCAUGACACCCCCUUAUUCUUCUUGUAGUCUUUUUGUUGUGGCGUGAACAUCUAUUACAUCUAUUUUCCCCUUGCGUUAAGUGUGGCAUUCUUAAGAGCAAAAUCCAUUAAAUGGCAAUGUCUUUCUUCCUUCCUAUGUGAGGGAUUCACCAUGGAAACCCCGAGUGUGCGAUGGUGGCGACCUCAGUGGAUUGGAGGCGGUGUGCGAGAGAUGGCAAUGUAAACAACGCUUGUUUCAGUUUUUUUUACCGGCGGCUUUUUAUAUUGGAUGCGGUUUUUUGUGUUUUCGAACCUCUGAGAAUUGUCACCAUUUAGAGUUUUCAAUUCUCAUCUGCCACCAGAUUGAAUAUUUCUUAGGCACGAUGAAUGCGCUCUACAUCUCCUCUGCGCACAACCUGUUAAACGAACCUCAGGAAAAGGCAUUUUGAGCACUGAAGUAUCAUCCACGCUGCAUCACUGUGCAACGCUGAUGGAAAGCACUAGCGUCACAUCGGUACCAAAAUGAAAGGUGUUACCGUAUGAACCAAAAGAUGUGAUCAAGAUCCCUUUUAACAUGGAAGGCUUGACAAUCAAGAGUCUCACUGAAUUCCAAUAAAAUCUCAGGAAGGUACGAUGUGGACAGGCCAGCAAAAUGUAUUUGUAAAGAGCCUACACACUAGCACAAGGUGUAAAAUCCUCUUGCCUGACAGCAAGUAGGCCUGCAUACAUUGACUUUUGAUUUCAAAGGAAGACAAGGAACAGGAAUCAACUUGUCGCAAUGCCUCGGAACCGGGCCUUCUCCGAGCCGGAGUACUCGGCUGAGUAUUCGGCCGACUGCUCUGUGACUCUGCCCUCGGAUCCAGGCCAGGCGGUGGGCCGGACCCACGAGGUGACAGUGCGCAGUGCGGGCUGCUGCCUUUGUCUGCCUCGCUUCAUGAGGCUGACCUUUGCCCCUGAGUCGCUGGAGAAUCUCUACCAGACCUACUUCCGCCGGCAGCGGCACGAGACGUUGCUUGUGCUGGUGGCCUUCGCCGCUUUCUUCGACUGCUAUAUCAUCGUCAUGUGCGCUGUCGUCUACACCUCCGACAAGCUGGCCUCCAUCGCCGUGGCGACAGUGGGGCUGGCGGCCGACGCAGCACUCUUCCUGCUGUGCCGCUUCGGGCUGCUGCCGGAGCGCGUGUCCCGGCGCCUGGUGCCCUAUGCCCUGUGGGUUCUCAUCGCCGCCCAGAUCUUCUGCCACCUAGGGCUGAACUUUGCACGCUUCCACCAGCCAAGCGACACGGUUGGCUGGCAGGCCUUCUUCAGCUUCUCCAGCUUCCUGACGCUGCCCAUGCGCCUCACACCCCUCGUGCUUGUCACCGCCGUGUCCUGCGGCGUUCACACGCUCGUGCUGGGCGUCACCAUUGCCCAGCAGCAGCAGGAGGACAUUCAGGGGGGCGCGCUCGGAAGACAGCUCCUGGCCAAUGUAGUGAUCUACCUAUGUGCCAUCUCUGUGGGGGUGAUGUCCUACUACAUGGCCGACCGUAAGCAUCGCAAGGCCUUCCUGGAGGCACGGCAGUCCCUGGAGGUCAAGCUGAACCUGGAGGAGCAGAGUCAACAGCAGGAGCGGCUACUGCUGUCCAUCCUUCCUAAGCACAUAGCAGAUGAGAUGCUGCAGGACAUGAAGAAGGAGCCCAGUCAGAAGGAGAUGCAGCAGUUCAACACCAUGUACAUGUAUCGCCAUGAGAACGUCAGUAUUCUGUUUGCAGACAUCGUGGGCUUCACUCAGCUCUCCUCAUCCUGCAGUGCGCACGAGCUGGUCAAGCUGCUUAAUGAACUGUUUGCUCGCUUUGACAAGUUGGCAGCGAAAUACCACCAGUUGAGAAUUAAGAUCCUUGGUGACUGUUACUACUGCAUCUGUGGGCUCCCAGAUUACCGUGACGACCACGCAGCCUGUUCCAUAAUGAUGGGUUUAGCCAUGGUGGAGGCCAUCUCGUACGUGCGUGAGAAGACGCAGACGGACGUAGACAUGCGCGUGGGGGUGCACUCGGGCACGGUGCUGGGAGGCGUCCUGGGCCAGAAGCGCUGGCAGUACGACGUCUGGUCGACGGACGUCACCGUGGCCAACAAGAUGGAAGCCGGAGGGAUACCAGGGCGCGUGCACAUCUCCCAGAGCACCCUGGAGUGUCUACACGGCGAGUUUGAUGUGGAGCCGGGUAACGGGGGCGACCGCUGUGAGUACCUGAAGGAGCGUGGCAUUGAGACCUACCUGGUGGUGGUGCCCAAGGGUCCACACGGCAAGAAUGGCAUCAACGGAGUGAAACUGUCAGUCACAUCAUCCAAUGGCAACUCUCCGCUGCUCAUUAACACCACUGAGUGUAACGGCAGCGUUAACACAGCCUGUACCACGCCAGAGGAGCCAGAGGAACUGGACACAAAGGUAGUUAAUCCCUCGUUUCCUAACCCUCGGCGGCGCCUGCGCCUGCGGGACCUGGCUGAGAGGGUGAUUGACGCCCAGGAGAACGAACAGGAGCUGAACAAGCUCCUCAACGAGGCACUGCUGGAGAGAGAGACAGUCCAGGCGCUGAAGGGGAAGUACACAAACCGUCUGUCGCUGCGUUUCACGGAUCCGGCCCUGGAGACGCGUUUCUCCGUGGAGAAGGAGAAGCAGAGUGGGGCGGCCUUCAGCUGCUCCUGCGUGGUCCUGCUCUUCACCGCCGUCGUGGAGGCCCUCAUCGACCCCGCGUUGAUAGCCAACUACGUGACGCUGGUUGUAGGAGAAAUUCUGCUGCUCAUACUCACCAUCUGCUCACUGGCGGCCAUUUUCCCACGAGUAUUUCCUAAGAGGCUGGUAUCCUUCUCCACGUGGAUCGAUCACACUCGAUGGGCACGCAACACGUGGGCCAUGGCAGCCAUCUUUAUACUCACCUUGGCAGACAUUGUGGAUAUGCUCAGCUGUGUGCCAGUCCCCCGUAACAGCUCCGCCACGGCGUCCGCCUCGGCCCCCGCCCUCGCCCCAGGAGAGGAGGGCUGCAGAGAGAACCCCAAAUACUACAGCUUCGUCGCCGUGCUGGCACUCAUCGCCACCACCAUGCUGGUGCAGGUCAGCCACAUGGUCAAGCUCACGCUCAUGCUGCUCAUCACCGUGGCGACCGGCGCGGUCAACAUCCACACCUGGAGAGACAUCUUCGACCAAUACGACGAGGCCCGCUUCAAGGAGUACAGAUUUGAGCAGGUCCCGUCCAAGUACUCGAUGACCGUGAUGAUCUUCAUCAUGAUGGUCAGCUUCUACUGCUUCGCCCGACAUGUGGAGAAGCUGGCGCGGACGUUGUUCCUGUGGAAGAUUGAGGUGCACGAGCAGAAGGAGAAGGUGUACGAGAUGCGGCGCUGGAACGAGGCCCUCGUCACCAACAUGCUGCCCGAACACGUGGCCCGACACUUCCUGGGCUCCAAGAAGAGGGACGAGGAGCUGUACAGUCAGUCUUACGAUGAGAUUGGCGUUAUGUUCGCCUCCAUCCCCAACUUCUCCGACUUCUACACAGAAGAGAGCAUCAACAAUGGUGGCAUCGAGUGCCUGAGGUUCCUAAAUGAAAUCAUCUCAGACUUUGACAGUCUUCUAGAUGAGCCUCUGUUUCGCUGCAUCACCAAGAUUAAAACCAUUGGCAGCACCUACAUGGCAGCGUCUGGUGUCAUUCCAGACAACACCACCAAUGGGUAUGCCUGCAUGAAGAAGGAGGAGCUCACAGACAGAGAACGCUGGCAGCAUCUGGCAGAUCUGGCUGACUUUGCCUUGGCCAUGAAGGUCACCCUCAUGAACAUCAACUACCAGUCCUUCAACAACUUCAUGCUCAGAAUCGGGCUUAAUAAAGGGGGUGUGCUAGCAGGCGUUAUUGGGGCGCGCAAGCCUCACUACGACAUCUGGGGAAACACUGUGAACGUCGCCAGUCGCAUGGAGUCCACGGGAGUGAUGGGGAAUAUCCAGGUGGUGGAGGACUGUUACACCAUCCUGAAGGAUUAUGGCUUCCGGUUUGUCAGGAGGGGGCCCAUUUUUGUUAAGGGGAAGGGUGAGCUUCUCACCUACUUCCUCAAGGGACGGGAAAAACAGGGUUCCUUCAUCAACGGCUCAUCUGUAACACUGCCACAUCAAGUAGUGGACAGCUCAUGACCCACUCGUGUGUACACACACACACACACACACACACACACACACACACACACACACCCUCACCAACCCUUAUCAAACAUUACAGUCUGGUACUGCUGACAUUUCAUCUAAUAGGUUAUGUAUAUAAACAUGCAGGUGGCAUAAUUUACUUACAUGUGGAAGGAAUGUCAAAGAGUCCUCCAAAAAAUCUGUCAGACAGUGGAACCAGUCACUGGCUAAUAUAGCAAGACCACUGAUGAAAACGGCCUAGAACUUUCCCAGUUACUUGCUAGACUCAAGACACAAUUCUGUACAUACACAUCACUUGAUUUCUUUUUCAUGAAUAAAUAAAUAAAUUAAAUGUACACUACACCACAAAACACUGCUUUUACAAUGUACACUUGAAGCCUCACAUCUACUGAUUGAUUAACUAAAUGCCUACUUUUCACUCAUUUGGGGUAUUUCCCCCAGAGGGGAUCCACUGAUGUAGAAAACUAGCUGUGUUUUUUUUUCUGCUUUGAAAAUUGGAAGUUGUUGGAAACCCAGAAGAGAAUUUCUCACUGACUGCCUCAUCUGCCUGUUAUGGACCUGUGUGUGUGUGUGUGUGUGCAUGCUGAUGUGCCUGCUCUAGACCUCUCUCUCUCUCUAUCUCUCGCUCUCUCUCUCUAUCUCUAUCUAUCUAUCUGAAUAAUGUUCUACACCCUUUACUCCAAUAUUCUGGGACUCCGUGUGAUGUUCCAGGUGUGCCAAACUAAAAGCAUUAUAUGUGUUUACAGAAUGGUAACAGGUGUGUGUGUGUGUGUGUGUGUGUGUGUGUGUGUGUGUGU